UUAAGACUAUAGAAAGAUGUUUUAAUGUCUUUUGUGUUCUCUUAAAAGCAUGUAAAGUUUCAAGGACAAUAAGCAAUCAUCAACGUUACAAAGAAGAAAAAAACCUGCUGUUGCUACAUAACAUUCUAUAAAAUUCAAUACGACCAGCCAAACCAUGUGUUUGAGCGCGAAGAAUGACUUAAACGACUUUUGUUUGAAAACAAAUGUUCUUGAAUUGCUAUUGAAAUUAUUCAUGUCUUUUAACAUUAUUUGAAGUUUUAAAAGUUGGCGUGUUCGAAAUGCGUCAUAAAGUGAACUGACUGUACAUCAUGAACUGAAUUUGUCAAACCAUUGUCGAAUAUAGGACGACUCUUUCAUAAACUCGAUUUAAAGUAAAGCGAUGUGAUGGUAAAAACAGAAUCGUGAAUGUUUUGGGGGUCUUUAUCUCGUAAUUUAAGAUGGACUGCGUUAUAAAGAGAUUGGUCUUUCUUGUGUUAUGUUUUGUUUUGUUUCAAGUACGUCGAUGCCUUCCUGAUUCGCUUACAGUCAAUGCAAUCCAUGAUGAUGGACCUUGCAUGGAUCACACAAAAUCGUAUGCGUUAGAAAGAUACAAUCCCGUCAAGAUUGGCUAUGUUAGAACCAUUGACCUGGGAAGCUUUGGCCAACGUAGAAUGAUCACACGCGCUUUGAAGCCUCCGAUCUUCGAAAUACCGGAUUUUCUCACGGAAGAUGAGUGCGACUUUAUUAUGAAGCAAGCUGUGAAACAAGGCUUAAAGAGUAGCAUUGCAAAAGGUGGACUAUCACCCAAACUCAUGCCCAUUCUCCCAGAAAACGUGACAGGAAAAUUGCCGCCAAAUGAAAUCGGGGGACGUUUCGAAGAUUGGGAUCAAAACAAUGAUGACGUCAUAGAUAUCUUGGAAAUGAUGAAGUUUGCAAAAAACAAGCACCUUCUUUUUCUUAGCAAAGACGAUAUUUUAGAAAUGAUAGAGAAAUUAAAUAUUUCUGCUGCGAAAGAUGAACAUAUCACGAAAAUGGAAUUCGAAGACGCUAAUAUUUUGGGAAUCGAUUCUUAUUUCUACAAACUACACCGACUUCAUCCGAAACACAAGGACAGAUACAGCGAGCAAACGUGGGUGAAGUUUGGAAGAACAGCUAACAAAACUAUGACAAGGAUCUUAAAAAGAGUAAUGAAGUUGACGAAUUUAUCAAGUUAUCUUGUGUACGGUUGUGAAGAGAUGCAGGUCGUCCGUUAUCAACCAUUUGGACAUUAUCAUGCGCAUUUUGAUAGUGAAACACACACAAGACAAAAUGUCCCUUGUUGUCAUCAGGUUCAUCCCGAUCAGAGAUGUAAAAUUUGUAGGUACAUCACAGUGUUGUAUUAUCUAAACGACAAUUACAAAGGUGGAGAGACAGCUUUUCCUGUGGCUGAUAACAUAACAUUGGAUCUUGAGCAGAGCAUCCAAAAUCGAGAAGAAAGAGAUAUCUUUAACUUGAACGAGUUUUGUCACGCGGCUAAUUUUAUUGUGAAAGCAAAGAAACGUGGUACAGCCAUAAUGUGGUACAACCAUGAUAUUGAUUAUUGGAAUGGUGGAUGGUUAGGUGAUUUGGAUGGACAUAGCUUACAUGGAGGAUGCAUGGUUACUGAGGGUGAAAAAUGGAUCGCAAACAGCUGGUUGCCAGCACCUUAUUAUUACAAUUCAGAUUUACGAAGUAUGUUCCUCAACAGAUUCGAGGGCUCUGCAACUGCACCAAUGGAAAAUGAAGACUAAUUUAACCGUGAGCAUUGUCUUUUUUGUAUUAUUUUUAAUGGCACAAGAUCGUGUUUCUUUGGACGUGUUAA